UAUCUUUAACAAGGCUCAGUUUGCGAGCAUAAAAACGCGUCCAGGGAUUCCAAGGCGAUGAAAGGACACCGGUAAUUAGACACCAAUUAGACACCAAAGGGAAAGGAUUCACGCAUGUGCAGGUGAAUUUGAUACUUUGAAAGGCGGAGAGUAUCACGCAGAAAAUCGUUUUUCCUGACGCCCAAAUAAAAGAUGGCGUUCGCUGCAGCAAAGCAUCGGAAGUGAAAGAAAAGGCGUUGUCGUAUAGAAUGUAACGCGCAUAUUCUCGGAACCGGAACGAAGGGAGGUGGGAAGAAAGGAAGCUUCCUGUUCUGUCAUAGAAAUGGAUAACUUUGUUGAAGAACUGAGACAAGAAAGAAGGUCUCUGUCCACAGGAGAAACAGAGGAUGAAUCUGCAGCCAAUGCUCUGGUCCCAGAAAUUUAUUUGCCUUUAUUGCCAAAACAUUUCAACCAUCCAACAAACAUGGCUGUGAAAUCUUCAGAAUUUCAGAAGGUGAAAGAGGAUUGUUUAUGCUGUAUCCAAGAUGCUCUCUUACAAAGUCAGUGGCAGAGGGCUGCAGAAUUAAUGAUAAGCUACUUGGAAAUGCUGGAAAAUACAACUGCAGAAAAAAGGGUGACAGCUCAAGAGGAGAUCUGGAGAAUAGGAACUGAAAUCCUGCAGCAGCAUCCGCAAAGUAAUAUAGAAGAGAUCAAUCAUUUUGCAGAUCGGAUGAAAAAUUUAGGAGUCAAAAGAUAUUUAAAGAUUUCUUUAGAGCAUGCCUUCCACCUUUUGUGCAGUGGAUUUCUGGAUGAAGCCUAUCAGAAUUUGAUCUUGGCUGAAAGUUGGCGAUAUGGAGAAGAAACUGUUGCUCAGGAAAAAGAGCUGAAACUCGUUCAAGCUUAUAAGGGAUUGAUAGGCUAUUAUAUGUGGUUAAAAAAGAAGACAGAGCUUUUGGAGCUGGAUGAAGACAGCUGUACACAAACUUCUCUUCAACAGGAAAUGCAUGGCUUGUACCAGCAGGCUAAAGUCAGCCUCAGAGAAAUAAUCAGAAUUCCUGGUGUUUGGGAUCCUUUCGUAAUUUGUUAUGUGGAUUUGCUGGAACAUUACGAGGAGUACGAAGAAGCACGGGAAGUGUUAAGUGACUAUGCGUAUAAUUCCAAGUUUCCUUCCAACCCUAAUGCCCAUGUCUACUACUACCACUUUCUAAAGAGAAGGGGGGAAUCCAGGAAAACCCAGAUCUCUGCACUGCAGAUCCUUAACAGCCUCCAGGCAUUGCAAGAAGGCAGAGACAGCAUCACUCGGGUUACAAUGUCUAGAGAUGUAGAGCUGAAUAUGACCAGCAUAUUGAUGAUGUCUCAAGCCAUGGUGACAAGUGAUCUUACCCAACAACUUCAUAUCCUGCAUGAGCUUGUUCCUUCCCAUGAACUAAUGCUGGAAUUUUACAACUUGCUUAGAAAAUCGAAAAAAAGGAAAAAACGUAAGUUACAGCUGAAAGUUAUUUUUGGAGCCUUGGAUUUUGCUGGAUGGAAGGAAAACGUAAAAGCUUGGAGUUAUUUAGCAAAACAGACAGUAGAAAUUCUGCAAAACUCUGAUAAGCAAUUUCACUGGCUCAAAAAGGAGUGGGAUAUUCGAAAGGACUGGUGGCCGGCUUUUCAUUUCAGUCUUUAUUUGGCAAAAAGUAACUGGCAGGAAAACCAAAAGCUCACUUGUGAAAAAGUUCUGGUAGCUGGAAUACUGCUGGGAAAAGUGUGCAUAGUCCAUAACUAUGCCAUGAAGAGCUUUAUAGGUGAUUCUCAGCGCACUCAAUUGCGUCCAGACUGCAAGUACUUUAAAUAUGUCACAAAAGAAGCUUGCAAAGUUCAGAAGAAAAAGUUCCGACAGUUGAAGACAUUUGUGAAGAAACACAACUGGGUCAGUUUAAGAUUGGCUGCUACGUGAUUACUUAGUGUCAAAUCUCUUGAUUUUUCAAGGGUGUUAGAUGAUUUGGAUGUCCUGUAUACACAAGUCAUCCUGACAAGCAAUUAUUGUAAAAUUCAGGUAAUUCUUGAGAUGUGAUCGGUCACCUAAGGGCUAUUUGAAGUUACAACACUCCCCUCCCCAAAAAAGCUACAUAUGAUCUAUUUUGAAAUAUGGCUGCUGCAGCACCCCUUACAACUGGCAACAGGGAUGUUGCAGCAUCCCCCACCUCUCUCCCCCCCCCAAUGGCCUGACCCCCUGGGACCCCACAGUGCUUGGUCUACUCCCCAUGCCUCCUGGAAGCACCUGCCAUUUUCCAUAAACUGACAGUUUCUUGUGGAAAUGGUGGCUGCUUUCAGAGCAUUCUGCCCUGGUCAGUUGGCUGUUGGGAGACUGCAAAGCUCUCCUGGCUCUUGGGAGGCUUUGGCGAAGCCAGCUGCCUGCAUGCAAAAGUGGUAGCUUCAGGAUUAUCUUCCCAAAGGUGGCUUUAUCAGGCAUGCACAGAGGCUUGUUUGGAAGCUUCUCUGGCAUUGGAACAUGGCGCUGGGCCUUAAUCUAACUGGGCUCUUUCCCCCCCCCCCCCGCUGAGCUGUUUUUGGCUUUGCUGCUUGUCUGCUUCCUUUAUGGAUCCAGCUGAGUGAUGGGCCUUCCCCAUCCAGAAGGCACCCCAUGCUCCACUUAACAACCCACAUUUGUUGAAGGGCAUCAGGGAGAGCAGGGAUGGGGAUUGUUAAGCAAGACUGUUUCGCUUAAUGGCCAUCCCCUCUUACGACUGUAAUGGGCAGGCUCCAUUACUGUCCUAGGUCAAGGACUACUUGUAUGUAUAUGUAGAAGAGUUGUAUUUUUUUUACAAUAAAAAUAUGCUUCUGUAAUAAA